AUGAGUUAUUUAAACCGUGUUUGGAUGACCGCCGGGGUUGCCGUCGUCAACGGCCACACCGACCAAGGCCACAAACUGAAGUCAGGUAUCAAAUCGUUUCAGCAAGGCAAGAAAGCCUUCACUUCCUCCGCCGAUCCGGCAGAUCUCCGUCCGUUAUCCGGCGUCGUAAGUUCUGAUGUUGGAGGGUUCGUCGGCGGAGAGGAGAGGAUGAAGCAGUCGGAUGAUUCUCUCCGACAAGUCAUGUACUUGAACUGCUGGGGCCAGAGCUAA